AAAAAUGAGUAGCCUACCCUAAAGACAAUAAUGUAAGCAAAACAAGAAAAAUAAAUGUUCUGUCUUGCCAUGUAAAUACGUAUAAUAGAGCUGAUUUGUGGUUAGUUAGCAGUGGUUAGGGUGCUGAAAAGGGGUCAAUCAAGAAUGGUUGAUGACACUUUUGACGCUCUGCGUUAGUGAGGGAGGAGAAAGAGUGUGAGCAAUACUGGACUCAGUAAGUCGACAAUACCAAGUGCGCGUUGAAAGACCUACGGAGGCGGUGAAAAGACGAAGUUAGGGUUGACUGAUAAUUUAGUCUUAUAAUGAGAGGGGUAAAUUGGAAGAGAGGCGCAUAACUCUAUUAUUUAUGAUUACCAAGAUUUCUAUUCCGGCAUCAUCUAAUAGCGCGUUUUGAGCGGGGCGAUCUUUUAAGGGGAAAGUUACUAAAAUUUGAAAACGUUCUGACUCGAAAGGAGUUGAACAAAUAAGGGCAACGAUGUUUGGAAUGAUAAAGAAUUCGCUUUUUGGGGCCACUGAGGAAACUGAGUACAAAUUACUCAGCACGGAGACUAAGGACGGGGUCAGCUAUGAGGUGCGACGGUAUGACAGUGGAAAGUACGCCACCGUAAGCUCCGAGGGGCGGACAUUCGAUCAAGUGUCGGGCGAACUUGUGAGGAGGCUCCUCAUGUACUUCGGGGGGAGCAAUGAACAAGGCGAAGCAAUGGGAAACACAACACCAAUCGUCAUCACAGUGUUCCCUCGGGAUGAUGGUGCCAUGAUGCGACGCCUGGUUGUUGCUGUUCGUAUUCCCUCCCGCUAUCAAGUCUGCCCACCAGAUCCAACCGACAGCACAAUCAAGAUUGAGGAUCGGCCAGGCAUGACCGUCUAUUCACUGCAGUUUGGGGGCUUCGCAGGAGAGACAGAGUAUCGCUCAGAAGCUUCCCGUUUGACACGCACCCUUGGUGAGACCGCUCCUUAUCAACGCAAGCAGUACUUUUGCUUAAGCUAUGAUCCACCACUUAAGCCCUACGGGCGACGAAAUGAAGUCUGGUUCAUCCAGGACGAGCCCUGAAUUACCAUUUGUUAUUGUAGCAUGGAGUAGGGAUGACUAGAAACAUGUAAUACUGACAGAGAGGAGCUAGGGAUAUUAAGGAAAUGGGUGGGAUUGGCUGAUUAAACUCCAAGAAGCACAAGGAGUACUACAUUGGGCGAUUGGGUGGGGUUCAUUGUCACAGACCUACUAGUAGUCCAGUAACAUUCAUUUGAUGUUGGAGUUAGUAUUAUCUACAAUAGUGGGCUACAUAUUUACCUUUCAACUAGUGCGAUAACAUAAAUGGGUGAGUAGCAUGUCUAUCAUAGUGUAAUAAGAGACUUGAUUACCAUCAUCUGCCUAAACCACAAUGCAUUAUCAUUUUUAAGAGGGGGCUAGAGUCUGCCAUUCAAAUUAGGACUUGUUCACCUUCAUACACAGUUCACUUUUAUGCCAUUCUGCUAUACAAAAUAGUUAUCUUCAAGACCAACAGUUAGAGGUCCUACAAAUUCUUCAUAAAGGGUCAUUUUGACUGUAAAUGUUUCAUUUGUAUAUUGUUAUUGUUUAAAAAUGUGAUGUUACAUUACAUUGUAACUUUAAAUACCUGCCUCUAAAUACCUUUAAUCAUCUUCAAGAUGAUUAAUCAUCAAUCAAAUCUCUUUACAAGGUAUUGGAAGGCACAAAAUGUUGCAUCAAUGACAGCAGUAUCAUGACACCUGUGUUAUCAGAGACCCUGAUAACAAUCAUAUCUUGCACCAGCUAGAGUGUCGUGUUUUUCACCUCUUUCACCCCUUUGUCAUGCUAGAACUGAGCGGUUCAUUUUGAGUCAGAAGUUGUCAACUCUGAAACAAAUACAUUUAUUCUGUGCACAUGAAGUGCGUAGUCAUGCAAAUCAUCAAUAUCUUAAUGUUCGACACUCUACAAAGCCCAUUGUUGAUUUAGGAUGCAAUGUCAUUUGAAAUGUGUUUAACUGUUCUGUCAAACUGCGUCACAAACACCUCACAGACUUACUAGACAUUGUACAAAUGUAUGAAAUGGUAUUAUGAAAUGUUGGAAAACAACAGCAAGGGCCUCCUCUUAUACAUCAAAUCAUUUAUUCAGAUAUUUAUUUCAGUGUUUGUGCUUUCCAGAAGUAGGUUUUAUUCACUGGUUUAUUUUUCAUUUCUGUGUAGUGACUUUGUUGCUGUGUCUUUUUUUUGUACUGUAAAUGUACUCCUUGAGUCAUUUACUAUAAAUGAACAGUGGUUCUAGAAACCAUUUUCAAGUACUUCUCUACGUGGCGUGAUUUUCUGUGAAAAUGUAGGUUGGAUAUAUUGGUCAGCAAUGGAUUGAAUAUCAUAUGGUAAUAAAUAUGUUAUUCAGUGUAA